GUUGAAGCUGCCUGACUGAGCCACUCCUUCUCUCUUUUCCCUGCUACCUGUUGCUGCUUCAACUUUUAACCCCAAACCGUCCUCCACCAAAGUUCCUGAAGCUGCAGCAACUCUCAAUUUGGGGCAUACCAUACAUGGACUAUUAGAGAGUCAAAGCACUUCAACAGGACAGCAAGUAACCUAAAACCACCAAAACAUCUAAAAUGGGGAAGCAGAACAGCAAACUCCGCCCAGAGGUGAUGCAGGAUCUGCUGGAGAGCACGGACUUCACUGAAGCUGAGAUCCAGGAGUGGUAUAAAGGCUUCCUGAGAGACUGCCCCAGCGGGAACCUCUCUAUGGAGGAGUUUAAGAAGAUCUACGGUAACUUCUUCCCUUACGGAGACGCCUCCAAGUUCGCAGAGCACGUCUUUCGCACCUUUGAUGCUAACGGGGACGGGACGAUAGACUUCCGGGAGUUCAUCAUUGCUCUGAGCGUCACGUCUCGCGGCCGCCUGGACCAAAAACUGAAGUGGGCCUUCAGCAUGUACGACCUGGACGGGAACGGAUACAUCAGCAAGGCAGAGAUGCUGGAGAUCGUACAGGCGAUCUACAAGAUGGUUUCCUCUGUCAUGAAAAUGCCGGAGGAUGAGUCGACACCUGAGAAACGCACGGACAAGAUCUUCAGGCAGAUGGACACAAAUCGUGAUGGUAAACUGUCUCUGGAUGAGUUUGUUGAGGGAGCAAAGAACGAUCCGUCUAUCGUGCGGCUGCUGCAGUGUGAUCCCAGCAGCGUAGGGCAGUAGAAGAACCUACUGUCUUCAGUCAUCUAGUAUUAUUUAUUCAGGUCAAAGCAUUCUCCUUCAUUCACCCAGUAGUGACUAACUGUGCACAACAGAUAGACAUCCAUCAGAUCAAAAUGGACCCAAGCAGAGGAGCCACAUACUGGACCAUCACAUACUGGAAAAUAAAAUACUGGACCAUCACAUACUGGACCAUCACAUACUGGACCAUCACAUACUGGAAAAUCAAAUACUGGACCAUCACAUACUGGAAAAUCAAAUACUGGACCAUCACAUACUGGACCACCACAUACUUGACCAUCACAUACUGGACCAUCACACACUGAACCAUCACAUACUGGACCAUCACACACUGAACCAUCACAUACUGGACCAUCACAUACUGGACCAUCACAUACUGGACCAUCACAUACUGGACCAUCACACACUGAACCAUCACAUACUGGACCAUCACAUACUGGACCAUCACAUACUGGACCAUCACAUACUGGGCCAUCACAUACUGGACCAUCACAUACUGGACCAUCACAUACUGGACCAUCACAUACUGGACCAUCACAUACUGGACCAUCACACACUGAACCAUCACAUACUGGACCGUCACAUACUGGACCAUCACAUACUGGACCAUCACAUACUGGACCAUCACAUACUGGACUAUCACAUACUGGACCAUCACAUACUGGACCAUCACAUACUGGACCAUCACAUACUGGACCAUCACAUACUGGACCAUCACAUACUGGACCAUCAUAGACAUUCACAGUAUUCUAAUGGUUACAGUAGGAUUGAGGUAUACUAUUUGGAUCCAUGAUCUGUGGUGAAGCGCCGUUUCUACUUGGAGCCAAGAAACAAUUCUGCCAUGAGGAACAGAACUGAACUGAGGGAGAAAAGUAUUGGAGAAACAUGACACCAGAUGGAAGCUAUUGAUCUCCCCCUACUGUAGAUGGAAGCUAUUUAUCUCCCCCUACUGUAGAUGGAAGGUAUUGAUCUCCCCCUACUGUAGAUGGAAGCUAUUUAUCUCCCCCUACUGUAGAUGGAAGGUAUUGAUCUCCCCCUACUGUAGAUGGAAAGUAUUGAUCUCCCCCUACUGUAGAUGGAAGGUAUUGAUCUCCCCCUACUGUAGAUGGAAGCUAUUUAUCUCCCCCUACUGUAGAUGGAAGGUAUUGAUCUCCCCUACUGUAGAUGGAAGGUAUUGAUCUCCCCCUACUGUUGAUGGAAGGUAUUGAUCUCCCCUACUGUAGAUGGAAGGUAUUGAUCUCCCCUACUGUAGAUGGAAGGUAUUGAUCUCCCCCUACUGUAGAUGGAAGGUAUUGAUCUCCCCUACUGUAGAUGGAAGCUAUAUAUCUCCCCCUACUGUAGAUGGAAGGUAUUGAUCUCCCCCUACUGUAGAUGGAAGGUAUUGAUCUCCCCCUACUGUAGAUGGAAGCUAUUGAUCUCCCCUACUGUAGAUGGAAGCUAUAUAUCUCCCCCUACUGUAGAUGGAAGCUAUUGAUCUCCCCCUACUGUAGAUGGAAGCUAUUGAUCUCCCCCUACUUUAGAUGGAAGCUAUUGAUCUCCCCUACUGUAGAUGGAAGCUAUAUAUCUCCCCCUACUGUAGAUGGAAGCUAUUGAUCUCCCCCUACUGUAGAUGGAAGCUAUUUAUCUCCCCCUACUGUAGAUAGAAGGUAUUGAUCUCCCCCUACUGUAGAUGGAAGCUAUGUAUCUCCCCCUACUGUAGAUGGAAGGUAUUGAUCACCCCCUACUGUAGAUGGAAGGUAUUGAUCUCCCCUACUGUAGAUGGAAGCUAUGUAUCUUCCCCUACUGUAGAUGGAAGCUAUUUAUCUCCCCCUACUCUAGAUGGAAGCUAUUUAUCUCCCCCUACUGUAGAUGGAAGCUAUUGAUCUCCCCCUACUGUAGAUGGAAGCUAUAUAUCUCCCCCUACUGUAGAUGGAAGCUAUGUAUCUCCCCCUACUGUAGAUGGAAGGUAUUGAUCACCCCCUACUGUAGAUGGAAGGUAUUGAUCUCCCCUACUGUAGAUGGAAGGUAUUGAUCUCCCCCUACUGUAGAUGGAAAGUAUUGAUCUCCCCCUACUGUAGAUGGAAGGUAUUGAUCUCCCCCUACUGUAGAUGGAAGCUAUUUAUCUCCCCCUACUGUAGAUGGAAGGUAUUGAUCCCCCCUACUGUAGAUGGAAGCUAUUUAUCUCCCCCUACUGUAGAUGGAAGGUAUUGAUCUCCCCCUACUGUAGAUGGAAGGUAUUGAUCUCCCCCUACUGUAGAUGGAAGGUAUUGAUCUCCCCCUACUGUAGAUGGAAGGUAUUGAUCCCCCCUACUGUAGAUGGAAGGUAUUGAUCCCCCCUACUGUAGAUGGAAGCUAUUUAUCUCCCCCUACUGUAGAUGGAAGGUAUUGAUCUCCCCCUACUGUAGAUGGAAGCUAUUGAUCUCCCCCUACUGUAGAUGGAAGCUAUAUAUCUCCCCCUACUGUAGAUGGAAGCUAUGUAUCUCCCCCUACUGUAGAUGGAAGGUAUUGAUCUCCCCCUACUGUAGAUGGAAGCUAUAUAUCUCCCCCUACUUUAGAUGGAAGCUAUAUAUCUCCCCCUACUGUAGAUGGAAGCUAUUGAUCUCCCCCUACUGUAGAUGGAAGCUAUUUAUCUCCCCCUACUGUAGAUGGAAGCUAUUGAUCUCCCCCUACUUUAGAUGGAAGCUAUUGAUCUCCCCUACUGUAGAUGGAAGCUAUAUAUCUCCCCCUACUGUAGAUGGAAGCUAUUGAUCUCCCCCUACUGUAGAUGGAAGCUAUUUAUCUCCCCCUACUGUAGAUGGAAGGUAUUGAUCUCCCCCUACUGUAGAUGGAAGCUAUGUAUCUCCCCCUACUGUAGAUGGAAGGUAUUGAUCACCCCCUACUGUAGAUGGAAGGUAUUGAUCUCCCCUACUGUAGAUGGAAGCUAUGUAUCUUCCCCUACUGUAGAUGGAAGCUAUUUAUCUCCCCCUACUCUAGAUGGAAGCUAUUUAUCUCCCCCUACUGUAGAUGGAAGGUAUUGAUCACCCCCUACUGUAGAUGGAAGGUAUUGAUCUCCCCUACUGUAGAUGGAAGCUAUUGAUCUCCCCCUACUGUAGAUCGAAGCUAUAUAUCUCCCCCUACUGUAGAUGGAAGCUAUGUAUCUCCCCCUACUGUAGAUGGAAGGUAUUGAUCACCCCCUACUGUAGAUGGAAGGUAUUGAUCUCCCCUACUGUAGAUGGAAGGUAUUGAUCUCCCCCUACUGUAGAUGGAAAGUAUUGAUCUCCCCCUACUGUAGAUGGAAGGUAUUGAUCUCCCCUACUGUAGAUGGAAGGUAUUGAUCUCCCCCUACUGUAGAUGGAAGGUAUUGAUCUCCCCUACUGUAGAUGGAAGCUAUUGAUCCCCCCUACUGUAGAUGGAAGGUAUUGAUCCCCCCUACUGUAGAUGGAAGCUAUUUAUCUCCCCCUACUGUAGAUGGAAGGUAUUGAUCUCCCCCUACUGUAGAUGGAAGCUAUUGAUCUCCCCCUACUUUAGAUGGAAGCUAUUUAUCUCCCCCUACUGUAGAUGGAAGCUAUAUAUCUCCCCCUACUGUAGAUGGAAGCUAUGUAUCUCCCCCUACUGUAGAUGGAAGGUAUUGAUCUCCCCCUACUGUAGAUGGAAGCUAUAUAUCUCCCCCUACUGUAGAUGGAAGCUAUAUAUCUCCCCCUACUUUAGAUGGAAGCUAUAUAUCUCCCCCUACUGUAGAUGUAAGCUAUUGAUCUCCCCCUACUGUAGAUGGAAGCUAUAUAUCUCCCCUACUGUAGAUGGAAGCUAUUGAUCUCCCCCUACUGUAGAUGGAAGCUAUGUAUCUCCCCCUACUUUAGAUGGAAGCUAUUGAUCUCCCCCUACUGUAGAUGGAAGCUAUUGAUCUCCCCCUACUGUAGAUGGAAGCUAUUGAUCUCCCCCUACUUUAGAUGGAAGCUAUUGAUCUCCCCCUACUGUAGAUGGAAGCUAUGUAUCUCCCCCUACUGUAGAUGGAAGCUAUUGAUCUCCCCCUACUGUAGAUGGAAGGUAUUGAUCUCCCCCUACUGUAGAUGGAAGCUAUUUAUCUCCCCCUACUGUAGAUGGAAGCUAUGUAUCUCCCCCUACUGUAGAUGGAAGGUAUUGAUCUCCCCCUACUGUAGAUGGAAGGUAUUGAUCUCCCCUACUGUAGAUGGAAGCUAUUGAUCCCCCCUACUGUAGGUGGAAGCUAUUUAUCUUCCCCUACUGUAGAUGGAAGGUAUUGAUCUCCCCCUACUGUAGAUGGAAGGUAUUGAUCUCCCCCUACUGUAGAUGGAAGGUAUUGAUCUCCCCUACUGUAGAUGGAAGCUAUUGAUCCCCCCUACUGUAGAUGGAAGCUAUUUAUCUCCCCCUACAGUAGAUGGAAGGUAUUGAUCUCCCCCUACUGUAGAUGGAAGGUAUUGAUCCCCCCUACUGUAGAUGGAAGCUAUUUAUCUCCCCCUACUGUAGAUGGAAGGUAUUGAUCUCCCCCUACUGUAGAUGGAAGGUAUUGAUCUCCCCCUACUGUAGAUGGAAGGUAUUGAUCUCCCCUACUGUAGAUGGAAGCUAUUGAUCCCCCCUACUGUAGAUGGAAGCUAUUUAUCUCCCCCUACUGUAGAUGGAAGGUAUUGAUCUCCCCCUACUGUAGAUGGAAGGUAUUGAACUCCCCCUACUGUAGAUGGAAGCUAUUGAUCCCCCCUACUGUAGAUGGAAGCUAUUUAUCUCCCCCUACUGUAGAUGGAAGGUAUUGAUCUCCCCUACUGUAGAUGGAAGGUAUUGAUCUCCCCUACUGUAGAUGGAAGGUAUUGAUCUCCCCCUACUGUAGAUGGAAGGUAUUGAUCUCCCCCUACUGUAGAUGGAAGCUAUUGAUCUCCCCUACUGUAGAUGGAAGAGAGUGUAUGAGCCAAAGAGGUAGCUAGAUGAUAUAUUAUAAUAUUUGACAUAGUGACAAAAUAUUGUGGCAUUUUGCAGCAAUGAAACAUUUUCACUUUAAGAUUUUGAAUUAUAAAUGUUUGGAAUAUUUUCACUGCAAACCAGAUAGAAUGAUGUGUACAAUAUAAUCAUAUUUGUUGUAGGAUCGUAUUGAAAACAGAGAGGACCACACAUGUUGCUGUGCAUUUAUCUGUCUACAUCCUCCUCUGCUCCAACUAGACUCACAGGGCAACACCUUUAGAGAAACACAAAUCUAUCGUCAUCUAUCUCUAACACCAGUAGUGUUCACAGGUAUCAGAUUACACCACACACACAGUGGAAUGUAUGCCACUGACUGGGUCCCUGAAAUGCUUAAAUAUCCACACAGUGGAAAGUAUGCCACUGACUGGGUCCCUGAAAUGCUUAAAUAUCCACACAGUGGAACGUAUGCCACUGACUGGGUCCCUGAAAUGCUUAAAUAUCCACACAGUGGAACGUAUGCCACUGACUGGGUCCCUGAAAUGCUUAAAUAUCCACACAGUGGAACGUAUGCCACUGACUGGGUCCCUGAAAUGCUUAAAUAUCCACACAGUGGAACGUAUGCCACUGACUGGGUCCCUGAAAUGCUUAAAUAUCCACACAGUGGAACGUAUGCCACUGACUGGGUCCCUGAAAUGCUUAAAUAUCCACACAGUGGAACGUAUGCCACUGACUGGGUCCCUGAAAUGCUUAAAUAUCCACACAGUGGAACGUAUGCCACUGACUGGGUCCCUGAAAUGCUUAAAUAUCCACACAGUGGAAAGUAUGCCACUGACUGGGUCCCUGAAAUGCUUAAAUAUCCAUUGUAAGGACAAUAUACAUGCAGACCAACUGAUCCUAUCACACAUUCUGUGAUACGGUGUAACAUAUCAACCUGUUUGUUUGUUCUUCUUUACUAUUUACUGAACAAAAAUAUAAAUGGGGCGGCAGGUAGCCUAGGGGUGGCAGGUAGCCUAGGGGCGGCAGGUAGCCUAGGGGCGGCAGGUAGCCUAGGGGCGGCAGGUAGCCUAGGGGCGGCAGGUAGCCUAGGGGGCGGCAGGUAGCCUAGGGGCGGCAGGUAGCCUAGGGGGCGGCAGGUAGCCUAGGGGCGGCAGGUAGCCUAGGGGCGGCAGGUAGCCUAGGGGCGGCAGGUAGCCUAGGGGCGGCAGGUAGCCUAGGGGCGGCAGGUAGCCUAGGGGCGGCAGGUAGCCUAGGGGCGGCAGGUAGCCUAGGGGCGGCAGGUAGCCUAGGGGCGGCAGGUAGCCUAGGGGCGGCAGGUAGCCUAGGGGUUAGAGUGUUUGGCCAGUAACCAAAAGGUUGGUGUAUCGAAUCUCCGAGCUGACAAGGUAAAAAUCUGUCGUUCUGCCCCUGAACAAGGCAGUUAGCCCACUGUUUCUAGGCCGUCAUUGUAAAUAAGUAUUUGUUCUUAACUGACUUGCCUAGUAAAAUAAAAAAUGCAACGUGUAAAGUGUUGGUUCCAUGUUUCAUGAGCUAAAAUAAAAGAUCCCAGAAAUGUUCCAUAUGCACAAAAAGUUGAUUUCUGGUUUUGCUGGUUGAGAGAAUACCAAGAGAGUGCAAAGCUGUCAUCAAGGCAAAGGGUGGCUACUUUAAAGAAUAUAAAUUAUAAAACAUAUUUGGAUAUGUUGAACAGUUUUUUUUUGGUUACUACAUGAUUCCAUAUGUGCAAUUUCAUAGUUUUGAUGUCUUCACUAUUAUUCUACAAUGUAGAAAAUAGUAAAAAUAAAUAAAAACCCUUGAAUGAGGUGGUGUGUCCAAACUUU